AUGGCACCACUACCCUCGUGUGCUCCAAGUGCUCAAAAGGUUCUUCUUGAUGAUCUUCACAACCAAGUUAAUUCAUCUUUAAUGACCAAGAUUGAAGAAAAACCAAAUGCACAUGGAGGCGGAGAAGGCGGUGGUUCAAGGAGGCGUUGCGUGACGAGAGGCCAUUGGAAGGUAUGGGAGGAUGUUAAGUUGCGAGAACUUGUAACUCUUCGUGGGCCAAGAAACUGGAAUGCUAUAUCGGAGCAACUCCCAGGAAGAUCUGGCAAGAGUUGCAGAUUGAGAUGGGUAAAUCAAUUGGACCCAAGAAUAAAGAAGGCGGUGUUUAGUAAAGACGAAGAAGCCAUUUUAAUUGCGGCCCAUGCGGUUUUUGGCAACCGGUGGUCUCAAAUCGCUAGGUUUAUUCCUGGAAGAACCGAUAAUGCAAUCAAGAAUCAUUGGCAUGUCUUGACCGCCCGGAGGCAUAAAAACAAUAUUGUUACUUCUAAUUCUUCUUGUAAUUCUUUUCAUGGUCCUCAUGUUUCAGGUGAUAGUAGUAGUACUAUUACAUUCAAGGCUAAUAAAUCAAGUAUUGUUAGCCAUGGUACCAAUUUCACAUGCAUGAACACGCCCACUUCACGUGCAGUGCUAGAUAUGCCAAACUCCGAAGGCGGCGUUGAUGGUAAUUACGACGGAAUGAAAAGAGGCGGUGGUAUGUUAGAAUCAAGGACGUUGAUCCGACCACAACCACCACGGUUCAUUGACUUUCUUGGGGUCGGGGAAUAA